AACUGUGAGCACAUCGACAUCGGUGCAUUUAUUUGGCACGAAAUUAUUGGUGUUACUGUUAGUGUACUUUCCUUCUAGCCAAGAAAAUCAUGGCUAAUCGUUCGGGAUUGAAACCAGAACAUGUGAGAAUUCCUGAAUUCUCUAAGCUUCACCCUGUAAUCCCUCGGAGGUAUGUCCCUGAAUGGACGAAUGACAUGAGAAAUAGAGAGCUUAUCAUGAAGAAUUGUGAGGUGAGCGGAAUAAUUCCCAAAGGUCCACAUGACGAGAGCUUGUUCUUGGAUAAGAGAGAGCGGAUGAAUGAGGUUGAGCCUCGCAUACGCUGCGAGUCUAAACGCCCAGUGCUAGACCGUUAUACUGCCCUCCGACCGGAAUUCCAUACAUCACAGUCCAAGUAUCAGAGCAGCUUAAUGUUCAGAAGGGACGACUUCAGCGAGACACAGUAAUCAAGAAUGAUCAACUUUGGUUGAAAGCUGUCUUUAGUGUACAGGAUCUUUUAUUAUGUUUUUCAUACAUACACUGGUAUCUUGAAUUUAGCAGGUUCAUAUUUUUUCACAUGAAAUUGUAAAAAAAACUUAUUUCACAAAUGUCAACAAAAUGAAGCCUAGUUACAAUUUCUUGCAUAGCGCAUGCAUUUGUGUUUUGUUAAUGUACAGGUCAAACUUGAAACUGCAUUUUAUUAAUUUGCAUAAAAAUAGUUUUGGAGAUAUGAACUGGCCCUAUACAUCAACACAGGCAGAGUUCUAAAUUAUUUCUCGGACAAAUGAUACAAGAAGUUGAUCAUGCAUAAUUUCCUGUGCAGAUUUUAUCAGGAGACGUGCAUUUGUUUUGAUGUGAAUUUACAUCGUGGAUGAGACUUUACGUAACCAGGGCCGAUAUUUUCUGCUAAGCAAUUUAUGUGCUGUGGACCAGUCACAUUCAAAACACAUUGCAUGGCAUUUUUGUUGUUGAACAGUAAAUAUUUCUUGUGCCUAGAAAAUUUCUCAUCUCUCCAGGAAAUCGACCCCAGGUUUCUGUUUGGUCAUUUCACUUCAACAAAUGUAUCAAGUAUACAUACACAGCAAAGGUUUUUAUUAUAGCUAUGUGGAAAAAAGGUGAAAUUGUGUGACUGUGCAGCUGUGGACAUUUCUUAUUCCAGUUUUAAGAUGUUUGCACUGAGCACAUAAAACUGUUUUAACUUAAAACUACAAACAUUCCAUUUUUAUGUACUUGAACGUUCUUAGCUAAAUAGUAAACUUAGCAAUAUCUUCCUCCUAUGGUCUUGCUAACAUCAAUUUUAUACCCAGCAUUUUCAAAUCAAACAACUAUGUGUACUAAAUUGUAAUUCUAAAAAAAAUCAAACAUUUAGUAAUAUAAAACGUACUUUAAUUCAUCAAACUAGCACUCAUUGUGAACAAUAUGCAAACCAUGCAGACUGAUUGACUUUUAAACAAAUUACAGUAUUUGAAUUGAAUUGUACAGAAUUGACUAUUAAUUCAGUCUUCAAUUACAAGCUAGCUAACCACACUGCCCCUAGAUUGCUGAAUCAUUGUUUCCCUAACUUUUUAUUUCCCUGUAAACUCCACUCUGUAAUUUAAGCUGAAUUCUUAAUCGAUCGUGAAGUGAACACAUUAAUUGUAUUGUAAAUGAAGAAAAAUAGCAUUGUAAUUCAUUUUUCAAUUGAAACAAGUACUUUUCCUUCGAAACACUGUAUAUAAUGUUGUGCUUAUUUUGAAGUUUCUAAUAAACAGUGACAUGUUUUAUUCAGAA